AUGAGAGUAACCAACCAGAGUGCUCGGCUGGCCGUCACUCGAAGGUUCAAGACCGUUAGUCCUCGGCGCGGGCCGUUCUCGGUCAUUUCCCGAUAUCACAGCAGCCCUCACCGAAGCCCGACCCAGCCCAACUGGAGAGUGUCGUGGUGCACGCCGUCUCUGCCUUCGCGCAAGCUGCCGCCCUCCGUGCCGUCGGCUCUGAUUCCUCGCGGGAGAGGCUCUUCCGCGCCUCCACCCGAGGGCUCGGCGUCUUCUCUCGAGGGCUCGGCGGUGCCAACUUCCGCCUCUGCUUCGGCAAGCGUGGUACCCCGCGCAACGCCUGUGGCUGCUCAAGCGCCCGGCGUUCCUGGCGCGUCUCCGUCGCCAACUCCCGUUGCAGCUGGUGCUGGCGGGGCGUCGGAUGAGCGCCAGGACUCGGUCGAGGUCGAUACUGCCCGUGUCUCUGUUGACUCCGGUCUCUCCGAGCCUUCGAUGUCGAGCCCCCGUGAGCGGUCGUCACCAACUCCCAGGAAGCCGGUGGAAGGUGGACGUGGGGUGUCGGCUCGCUCAGAGGUAGGUGCUCCAUCUUCUCCUCCUCAGUCUCCGUCGAGUGUGCGGUCCGAUGACUCGGUCGACCCUGUGUCUGGCCCAACGCGGUUUUGCCGAUUAAUAUACACGGAAGCCCACGAGCCCGCUUCGCCCGAGCCCUCGUCGUCGGCUCCUGGUGACGCCCCUGAGUCCUCGCCUCGCGCGCCGAUCCCUUGGUCGCUUGAGGCAGCACUCGAGGACCUGAUCGACGCAAGCGUCGCUCGCACCGUGCGCCGCUCCGAGUCUCGGUUGGAGGAUCAUCUGGACCAACGGUUGGCAGACCUCGGCCAGCUCAUGAUCGGCCUCGUUCGGUUCCCGCCGCUGCGAGUCGACUACGACCUCGACCAGCGUUUGGCUGAUGCCCGAAGUCUCAGCGAUGUCUUCCGAGCAGUCUCGCCAGACGCCUUGCCGCGUUCCCUCGGCUUGGAUGAAGAGGUUGAAGCCCUACGCCAGGAGGUCCGUCGUCUCGAGGAAGCCGCAGUUCGUAGUGAGCGCAGGCUCAACAACGAGAACGACAUUCGUCUCCGCACGGAGCAGCUGUGUACCCAGGCGUCGGCUGAGCGAGGGCAGUUGGCUACGGUUGCCCAGGCCCUUCGCGAUGAGCGGGAUUCCAUUAGCCGACAACUCGCUACGGCCAACCGAGCUCUCGCUCAGAGCGUUGAGGUGAUCGAUCACCUGAAGGCCCAAGUUUCGAAGCGCGACUCUUCGCUGACGAGCCUUCACGCCGUCAUCAAGAAGGAUCGUCAGAGCUUUCGUGAAGGGCUGUCUCGCUACUCUGACACCCUGAAGAAGUUCCAUGCGUAUCUCCAGCAGUCGAACGAUCAACGCUUCAUCCUGGCGAACCUUGACCUAGGCGAUGACUCGCUGCUGCCUCCCGUACUCAAGGAGUUCCUCCGAGACUUCGCCUCCAUGGAUUUCGAACUCUCGGUGGCGACGGCCCCGCUGAAGCGUCCGCCCAUCUCUGAGGUCGGCACCGAGGCGUCGGUUCCCCGCCCUCUGGUCGCGCCGUCGUCUCCGCACCCUUCGGACGCCUCCACCUCGUCGUUGCCCGGGUCGCCGGAUCGUCUGUCCAAUUCGUCUGCAGUACCCUCAGACCGGGCACGGGGAGCAGAGGACGUCGGGAACUCUUCGGUGCUGACUACGACUCACCUUACGAGGCUUCGGUUGUUAUUCAGCCUCGCAAGGAUGCGUUCGGCGCCCACUGUGGCUUCUCUCCAGUCCAAGGUCGCGGUGGAGAGUGAGAACGCCCCUGACGACGUGGUCCUGGGUCUCGACGAGCCGUCGGUUCGGCGCCCUGUCGAGGUAGAUCUCACUCGCGAAGGGGAGAGUUCGGACCCGGUAGCAACUCGCACUCCUGCGUCUUCGCGUGGUGGAUCGAGUCGCAACCCCAAGAAGGUGUCAGCUAAAGGAGCUAAGAUACAGCUCCGUCAGCGUUCACAAGCUCGGGCCCUUCCUGUUGCUCCAGUCGCACCGGCUUCACGUCCGAGGGUUGAACCUGUGCAGCCGAGGGCUGGUCCCGUUCCAGUCCGUCAGACUACUGUUCAAGCCCGCCGUGCUGAGGCCUCGUCUCGCCCGGCUGCGUCGACUGCUCGCCGCGACCAGCUUCAUCGCCGCGGUAACUAUGACGGGUCACUCCUGUCGCCUCCGUUCGCGAGUCCUGGAGCAAAGGAGUGCUGGCGAGAGAUCCUGGAAACUCGAACCGUCCCGCCUGUCCAACGUCUGCCCAAGUCGAGUGUUCGGUUGACGGGAUCCAAGUUUUCAGCGACUGGACGAAUCCUGAUCACCCCUUCUGGCGUCGGUUCAACCGAGAGUCACGAUCUGGCUUUUGCGUUGUACGAGCGUGCGCACUGGGCGUCUCCGGUGGCAGUAGAGCGAUGGCUCGACCGUAUGUGUCGAAGACUCGGAGAGGAUUCCGAAGAGUACCUAGCCAUCCAGGAGACGUGGCUCCAGUACUCGGCUGAGCGCAACGCUCGGUCCGAUCGCCUCCGCAUUCAGAUCAAGCGCUGGUGGGCCCAACUGCUGCCCGAUGCGGAUGGGAAAUUCGGCUACACCCCCGAGGUAUUAUUCGAGCCCUCGGUCCUGCACUAUUCCCUCGAAACGCUCUCGUGGCUUCCGUCUUCGGCAGAUUGGGUUGAGGCAGUCGUUGAAGCUGAUGGCCACGAGCCUUGGCGUAACUGCUGGAUUGCUGUGCCAAGCAUUCACCCCUACAACACCAGGUUCGCACCAUGCAACCCUGGGGCGAUGCUCUUUAUUCCUCGCGGGUUCACUCUCCAGGAAGUGGCGUCUGCCGUUAUCGUCAGUCCGGUGCUCGAGGUCUCGGCUCCGUGGGUCCGGGAGUACACCCACUACCACGGCGUUCCUGCUCCUGCUGAGGAGCUUCUCGAUGAAAGUUCGGUUCAAGCAGCUACGGACGGGCAAGAGGUAGCGGGGAAUGACCCACGGCCGGAUGACUCUCCAAACGGGGCGCCGACUCUUCGUUCGCCCGAGCGCUCGGACGAUGCUGCUUCUCCUGAGCCGAGCCUCGUUCCGAUACCUCCGGCUGGAUCUGACGAGCCCGUCCUCAGUUCUGGAGACGAGGACAACCAGAUCGAGGGCUCGGUUGAGGAGUCGACAUCUCCGCCGGGACUCCAGCGCCCGGCCGCUGGCUCUGGCCACCUCCAAGUGCUCGCUCACGCCGCUUCCGCGUCGAAGCCAUAG